AAUCAUUAAACUUUUUUCGCAAAUCUGAAUUCUUGAAAAUCUGUAUUUUUUUCCGAUUUUUUAAUGGCCAACCACACUCUACAUAGGUCAGGCCACGAGGACACCGGUUUCCAAGUGACGCUGAAGGCGCCACAUGGAAGCUGCCGUGGCAAAUAGGAGAUUCCCACGCAUGACGCACGUUCGAUUCACCUUGACAAAAAAAGGGACGGUACGUGGACGCAAUCGCGGGCAUUGUUCGUCAAACGGCGCCCGUCCACUUCUAGCAACAAACAAGACAGGCCUUCUAGCAGCUCGGCUUCCGCUACGUUGGGCAUGGCAUGGCCGGAGUUCCCAAUGACCACCACUCUCCCUACGCUUCGAUCCCUCCGCCCGCCCGCCAUGGACGCUCCUCCGGCCUCUGUAUAAAUACACGCGGCGCGUCCUCCGCCAGACUCCCCCCGGUUCUUGUUCGUUCGUCGCGGUGAUGAGCAGCAGCGCAUCGAGGAGCGAUUGAGAUCGCCGGCAUGGGGUCCCUGGAAGGCGACGUCGCCACCUCGCCCUCGCUCUCCAGCACCGGCAGCAGCGGCACCGGCGCCGGCAACGACAGCCAUGGCGGCGGCGGCGGCGAGGUGAGGAUAUACGCCUGCUUCGCGCACGGCGCGUCCAACAGCCUCGAGUGCUACGAGCCGGGCGCCAACACGUGGCGCCGCGUCGGGGGCCUCCCGGGGGUGCCCCACGGCCACGUACUCAAGGGCUUCGCCGUCGUCGCGGUCGCCGAGUCCGUCUACGUCAUCGGCGGCCGCCUCUGCCGCAGGGAUGGCGCGCCCGGCGGCGACUACCGCGACACGGACGUCGGCGUGCGCGCCGACGUGCUCCGCUACGACGUGCGCCGUGGGGAGUGGCGCUGCUGCGCGCCGCUGCUGGUCCCGCGGGUCGACUUCGCGUGCGCGCCGUGCCGGGGCAGGAUCUGCGUCGCCGGCGGGCUCUGCUCGCUCUCCGGCGCCCGCGGCACGGCGGCCGCCGAGGUGUACGACCCGGAGACCGGCCGCUGGUCGCCGCUCCCGGACAUGAGCACGCUGCGGUACAAGUGCGUGGGCGUGACGUGGCAGGGCGGGUUCCACGUGGUGGGCGGCUUCGCCGAGAGCACGGCGCCGGCGGCCACGCCCGGCGAGGCGCAGUCCUCGGCGCUGGAGCGGAGCUCGGCCGAGGUGUUCAACUGCGGCCGCGGCGUGUGGGAGAUCAUCCCGGGGAUGUGGCAGCUGGACGUGCCGCCCAACCAGAUCGUGGCGGUGGCCGGCCGGCUCUUCAGCUCCGGCGACUGCCUCAACAGCUGGAAGGGCCACGUCGAGGUCUACGACGGCGAGCUCAACAUCUGGAGCGUCAUGGACCACUCGGCGCUGUCGGACCUGGCGCUGCUGGCCAGCAACCUCCCGCCGUCGGCGCAGCAGCUAUACCUCACCAUGGCCGUGGUCGGGACGCGGCUCUUCUUCCUCGCUGGGUACGAGAUCGCCGGCGACGACGACGAGAGCUUCAGGACGGUCUCCCUGGUGCACAGCUACGACACCAGCGCCGCCCCCGGGCUGGCGCCGGCGUGGAGCAGCUUCCAGCCCAAGAUGGACCAUGACAACAACGUGGAGGACGGCAGCAAGGAGCUCUUCAGCCAGUGCUGCUCCGUGCAGCUCUCCAGCUGAUCAACUGCAGGCCUCAGUCCAGUCCAGUCCAGUACACACAGUCAGUCCGUCUGUAUCAUGGUUUUUAUUACCAUGAAAAAAAAUUGCUACUUGUGCUGUUGUGGUAAAUUCGUGUGACUGUAAUUUUCAUUUCUUUGUGGCGUGGACAAUGGAGAAUAUAUAUAUAUAUAUACAUGGGAGCGAUGCUUUAUAUA